UUUAGCACAAUUCCUUUUCCCCAAAUUCUAGGGUUUUUAGGGCUUAGUAUUCAUUUUCAGAUUCCGUACGUUGAAUAUUCAUGGCGACGCCGACGGCCGCUGAGACUACAGUCAUCGGUAUCGACACUGGUUUCUUUCUGUACGGGAGCCACCCCUUUGUUAAGGCUCAGAUGGAGGCUAUUAAACAUUAUGCCGACGUUAAAUUGCAGUGUAAUCCAAAGAAUCGUGUGGGCAUAUAUAGGAUGACUGAAGGCUAUGAUGGAUUUGAGCUUUCUCCUACUAAUAAUCUUAAAGAAAUCCUUCUUUGCGUUGAAGGUCUAGCUUCUCAUUGUGGCGGUGUGGUGGAUUUUCAAGAUGCGGUAAAAGAUAUAUUGGCUUUUCCUGGAUGGCGCUCUUCAAAUAUGAAAAAGAGGUUACUUGUGUUUGUUGGAACUUCUAUUAAUCUGCGUAUGGAAGAUGUGAGGCUAGUGGGGUUGAUGCUCAAAGAAAAGGAUAUCAUUUUGAAUGUUGUCAAUUUCUUUGUAUUGGAACAGGACAUGUUACGCUUGUACAAUAGGGUACCACGUGAGAAAUUCCAAUAUAAGAGGGAGGAGCUUCUGUUUGCGACAUCCUGUCCAAGACUAUAUUAA